AGUCUGCGUGGUGUGUUAAGUAGGAAUGGACACUCAGAAGGACGUUCAACCCCCAAAGCAGCAGCCAAUGAUCUAUAUCUGUGGAGAAUGUCACACAGAAAAUGAAAUAAAAUCCAGGGAUCCAAUCAGAUGCAGAGAAUGUGGAUACAGAAUAAUGUACAAGAAAAGAACUAAAAGAUUGGUGGUUUUUGAUGCUCGAUGAAACAUGGGAAUUCAGAGGAGUGUCUUUCUUUGUACCUGGAUUUGACCCUUGAAUGUUUCUCGUUAUUAUACAGCUUUUUAUU